GAUAGUGUAGCCCAGUCUCCAUGGACGCGCGUAUCCCGUUUUAUGGCUACUACUCAGACGAUCAUUGAAUUCGCCGAAGGAAGAGCCCCCAGACCAACGGAUAAGAUAGUCUAUGUAUGCGGAGCAUUUGACAUGUUUCACAUCGGGCAUCUGUCAUUUUUGGAGGAAGCAGCAAAACUUGGCGACUACUUAAUCGUUGGUAUCCUCAAUGAUCAACCAGUCAACGAGGUUGUAAUUGGAGCCCCGUACUGUGUGACUGACGAUAUUAUCGACAGAUUUAACAUAUCGAUCGUUUGCCAGGGAAGUCGCGUUCCCCAUCACGAUCGCUCUGGUAAUGAUCCCUUUGAAGCGCCAAAAAGAAGAGGUAUUUAUCGUGAAGUGGACUCGGGCAGCGAUAUGACAACCGAAAAAAUCAUCGAGAGGAUUAUCGAACACAGGUAUGAACAUCACCUAUUUCCUCAACGUUCGUUUCUGCAUGGUAGCAGAUACAUGUCACCAUGA